GCGUCUCCGCCCCCACCGGUCCCCGCCCCCCUUCUUUCUCUUCUGCAGCUCCACGUGCGUGUUGCGUGCGUCACGGUGACUCUCGCAGAUUUCAAGAGCAGCAGCAGCAAAGAAGAAGCUCCCUUCGGCACGGGACCGCACCUCUUCUUCUUUCUUUUCUAUUUAGACCCCACGUGAAAAUUCACACACACACACACACGCACGCGCAUACGCACGUACGCGAAUACGAUCUUCACUUCAGCACCCGCUUCCGGCACCCCACGAAGCAAGCAAACCAAGCGACCCCCUCCCCUCUUCAAAAAAGGAGAAAGAAAUGGCGCCUCGCACCGGCCCGCGUGUGAAGGUCGUCUCGCCCAACUCCGGCACCGUCACGACGCUCUCUCGCUCUAUCAGUACCUCCUCCGCCUACGGCAGUGCGCGCGUCUCGCCCACCACCUCACCCUCGUCCUUCUCUUCCACGGGGCGCCAGCAACGUCACUACGGUGGUGGGCAGCGGCGACCCGACGAGGCAGAGGUGAAGCCGCCUCUUCAGCGAUAUACGGCUGCUGCUGCUGCUGCCUCGGUCACUCCCCCUCCGCCGCCGCCGCAGGCGGGAGGUAGGGUACUGCGGGCCAUGGGCAUCAACACAACCGCCGCGCCGUCCUUGUCGAUGAGCAAGAAGAGUCGCGACGCACCCGCCAAUCGCACGUCGCCUCCUCUCCCCAGUUCUUAUCCAUCCGCAGCACCCGACCGCUCGCUUCACAACAGCAGCGGCGGCGGCGGCAGCGGUAUCUUUCCUCAACAUGCGGUCGACCGGGUAGACCAUCGCACACGGAAACGCAGCGAGGGCGAUCUGCCGAACUACUUUGCCGAGGUUGAGCGCCGCCACGCAAGCUACGCCCCCCCGUCGUCUCGCCCUCGUCCACCGCAACCGCCGUCUUUUGCUACCGCGACCUCCACGCAGGAGCGCACGCCACCGCCGCCGCCACCGCAGACGCGCCGUCGCCGCGACGCCGCCGAGGAGGUGGAGAACAUGGAGGCGAUUCGCCGGGCUCGGGCCGCGCUCGAACGUGCCGGAGACGGCGUGCUGCGCCGUCCUGCUCACAACAGCAGCAGCGAUGCUAGUGGCAGUGGUGGACACCUCAACACAUCAUCGACCUCCACGUUGAACGCGUCAUCGAACAAGUCGGCGUCGUCGCUGAUGGGCGGUAGCGUGUCCUCGUUGCCGCGGCGACGGCCUGCCUCUGCCUCACCUGGCGCCCCUGCGCAGUCCUCUGCGUCCCGUCGUGGCCUGCGGCUCCCGCCUUCCAUUCCUAUCACCUGCGCCGCCAGCGAAGGCGACGCAGAUACAGACACAGAGGGGCGCAGUGAGGCGAGUGUCUGCAGCAACGGCUCGUCCCGCAAGCGGGCGCGCUCGUGGGCGAAGGAGGGCAUUGAGAAUGCCGCCGCUCUGGCACGGCGACGCAACCGGGCUGCUGCUGCUGCUGCUGCUGCUGCAGCAACGACCAGUCAGAAUGUCAGCUCCCUCUCUUCUUCGUAUUACACCACUGACCUGUCCGUUAAGAAGGAGAGCGCCGAUGCGGUGUCAUCGUCGGCAGAGCGGCGUGUGUGUCCUGGCAUGUUCAGCGGAGUCAGCGCCCUUCCGCUGGACCCGCAGCUCUUUGCGGGGGCGGAGCACAACACGGGUGCUGACGCGGCGUCACUAUCCGCAUCGCAGAUGAGCAGAGCGGACACCGCGAGCGGCGAGCACCACCGCAGCAACGCGCGGCAGCCGCAACAGCGAUACUGCGUCCAACCUCGCUGGAGUCUUGUCGGCACCUUCAAGACGUCGCUGAGCGGGCUGGUCGCCGUCGACGUCCACCACGACUGCCUGCGCUGGUCUCAGCGCAACCCCAAAGGCGGUCAGCAGAGCAUUAAGGUGCCGCUGUCACACGUUUUGGAUGUGUUCACCACGCGUGUCGUGCAGGAGGACGAGCACGUCGCGGAGAAGAGCUUCACCGUUGUGGUGCGCACCUCCACGCGUCCUUCGCAGGUGGUGUUUGGGUUUGCCACCGCGACGGAGGCCAAUCACCUGCGCAGCCUCCUGAGGCGACAUUAA